UGUUACAUAUCGCACGUCUCUGAAUUGAUGACUACGUUGCCGCUGCCUGUCAAGAGAUACAAGCGCUAUACGACGAAGGUGCGGGGAGGUCAGCUCGUCGACAUACACGGUUUGGUGUCUCGAGGCAGUGCCGCAGAUCUCGAGCACUUGGCGCAGCAGCUGGACAGAGACAAAGGAGGAGGCGUCAACCAGCAGGAUGAGCUCGGACGCACGCCUCUUCAUGUGGCGAUCGAACACGAAGAGAUCGAGAUGAUAAAGCUGCUUGUGGCAGACGCGCAGACAAACUUGUAUUUGACGGAUUGCCAUAAGCGGACCCCUCUACACACAGCAGUCACUACAGGACGAUAUCAUAUCGUCAAGAGUAUAGUGAGUAUGUCUCAACAGUUGGCUAAUGGAGAGGUUGACUUCCUCGGUCCUAAUAAUAGGACACCUUUACAUCUAGCAGUACUCGGCAACCAUUCUCACAUAGUCGAGCUAUUGUUGAGACAUGGUGCUAAUCCGUUGUCUCCUGAUCAAGAGGCUUGGACUCCUGUAGGAAUUGCAGCACAAAAAGGGUCUGUGGACGUUUUGGAUGUAAUGUUUCGUCUAGAAAUUGACUUUCCGGAAAAUCUGUCUGUGUACACAAAUAAACAACUUUUGAACUGCAUGGUUGGCGAAGAACGUGCCAGUCUUCUUCAUCUGGCCGUUCAGUCAGGCAACACAAAGCUUGUAACGUUCCUCCUACAUCAAAGGAUUGACACACGAUGUCGGAUGGUGGAUGGUUCAACUGCCAUGCAUGUGGCAUGUAGAGAUGGUAUUUUGCCGAUGAUCAAGUUAUUGGCGCUCGAUCCUUGGCUCAUUCACGCAGCAAAUUUUAACAACGUCACUCCUCUUCACGAGGCAGCCAUAAACAACCAUUGUGCAGCAUUGAUGUUUUUGCUAGAGAAGGAUGCCGAUUCAGAAGCUCUGACCAUCGAUGGACUGACUGGGUUGCUAGUAGCAGCGGCGGCCGGAUCGUUGAAGACACUCCAGCUUCUUAUGUCACAAAAAGUAAAUCUCUUUGCAACCGACGAGAACCAAAGCACUGUGAUACAUUAUGCUAUUGGUCACACCAAAGUCCUAAAGGAGCUGAUGGAGGCAAUUCCUGAGGAUAGUUUGCGUCUCUUGAUCAACAUGCAGGAUGCCAAGGGUCACACAGCAUUGCAUCAUGUUGCUCAUAGAGGAUACGUGACGAAUGUUAAGAAAUUGCUUGAGUUCAGUGCUCAGUCUGACAUCGUAGACAGUAAUGGCGUUUCUGCUCUCGCGUUGGCUGCUGCUGCUGGGCAUCUUGAGAUUGUUGAUAUGUUGAUUGAUCAUGGGCCGAGGGUUGUCAACGAGAAAGACUUUCACGGACGCACGCCGUUGCACAUUUGUUGUCAACACGGCCAUGCUGCGGUUGCUAAGCAUCUUGCAGAGAAGGGAGCAAAACUGCUGAUUGAUGCUGAUGGUAGAACUCCAUUUCACUAUGCUGCAAAAGGUGGUUCCGUUGAAUGCAUGAAGCAUCUGCUGAGAUGCAUGAGUGAGUCUGAACAAGAAAUUGAUAAACAGGAUCACGAGAAGAGCACUCCUCUUCAUAUGGCUGCUCACUACAAUCAUCCAAAAAUCAUAACUCUUCUGCUUGAUUGGGACGCUGAUAUCAGCAACAAUCUGAAUCAGCAAAAUCCACUCGACGUGGCCAUUGCUGAGAAUCAUGAGCUUGCUGCAUUAGCAUUCAUCAGCCACGAGAGAUGGGAAGACAUGAUGACGGCAAUCUCUAUGGACAAGAAAAUCCAACUAAGAGAAUUGGUCAUAAAAAUGCCAAAUGUUGCAUUGGUUCUACUUGAUAAAUGUGUAACAGUCGAAAAUGAAAACAGCGAAAAUGAGAUGGUUACAUACGACUUUACUUAUCUACAAGGCGUAACCAGCGAUGAGCAAGAGAUGCCCAUCAAGCGUGCACUGACAGCUCUUGAGGCUAUGAUGUUGUUUGAUCGGCAGCAAUGCUUGACUCAUCCUUUGUGUGUGUCCUUUUUGAAUGCCAAAUGGAUGCCAUUUGGUGCUAUGGUGGCUAUUGGAAAUAUGUUUACGUACAUUGUUUAUGUUGUGCUUCUUACUUAUGUUGUGGUGACGUUUCCUACGUAUAGUCCUGUGAGAUCACUUCAGGACAAGGAGUUUUUAGAGAAGCUAGAGAGAAUGUUGAGAGUGAUGUAUGAAGAAGGAAGACAUCUAGCCACUUCGAAAGAAAUUUAUGACUUCUGUUAUAAUCAUUGGGUGCGUUGGCUGAUAGUUGCAUCAGCAUUCACUGGUUUGGCAAAGGAGCUUCUGCCAAUUUUCUAUCAGGGAAUCUCCUACUUAAAACGCUUAUCAAACGUGAUAGAAAUCGUUGUCUACGUCUUAACUCUGUUGUACUUGGACCCGUUUCUGGUGAUGGUCGACGUAUUUGAGUACGAUCCUCCAUGCCCAAAGAUUUUCUGGGAGGCAGGAGCCGUGGCCGUAUUUCUCGCCUGGCUCAAUCUCUUGCUCUAUGUUCGACGGCUACCUCGUGUUGGUUUGUAUGUAGUAAUGUUGGUUUCGAUGGUACAAACGAUGUUAAAGCUGUUGUUUGUUGUCUCUCUGUUUGUUGCCGCGUUUGCUCUUUCGUUUUACAUGCUGCUCAGCGAUCAGCGAUCCUUUUAUGAUGUCGGUAAAGCGCUGAUGAGAGUGAUAGUGAUGAUGGUCGGCGACUUGGAUUACGACGAGAUCAUACCAGUCAGGGAAGGACUCGACUACGGCAACAUAACCGAACUCUGUCAACUAGCCAGGACGGUAGCAAACCUCACCGUAGAAGUAUUCGGUCGUUACCACGUCGACGAACCUCGAACGGCCGAGUUGAUGCGUGCAAACUGCAACGUAACAUCAAGUCAUGAACCAGCUGUUUUGCCAUUUCCUAUACAGUCAUACAUUCUUUUUGUCACAUUCUGUCUUCUCAUGAUUAUUGUUGUACUGAACGUUCUCAUUGGUCUGGCCGUUGGGGAUAUCAAGAAUGUCUUGAACGAUGCCACUAUGCAACAGAUUCGCAUGCAAGUGCAACUGGUUAUUGAUCUGGAAAACGCUCUGCCAAUGUGGUUUUUGAAACGAUUCACGUUCUAUAAGCAUGUGCACUAUCGACGGAAGGAAAAGAAGCCGAGUCAGUUGAUUGUUGCUGCACUGCGUGCUGCGCAAGGUCCUGAGAAAAUGGACAAGACGAGGCAGAUGAUGGUGGAUGAGAUCAGGACGUCACAGCAGCACUUGGAAGAAUGGCUCAACAGCCUUACAUCUGGUCUAGACAAACAGAUGCUGCUCCUCAAACAUUUGGCUGUAGCCGUAAAACGAGUCGAAAUGAGAUUCCAAGAACUAGAGGCACUUCCUCCAACAAACUCAAACAUGACACCACGGGCAUCGAUAACCAGACUGACCAAACAAAGGCCACAGACUAUCACCCUGGCUGCCACAGCCAAUGCAAAUCAAUGAAACAAUAUCAGACGUGUGAGAGAGCUCGAUGGCAAGUGAGACAUGUGAAUUAGUUUAGAGACAUAAAUGGAACACGAAUGCACGUGUCACGUUGUACUUGCAUAUUAUUGGUUGAUAGCAGAUGCACAAGCAAAUGCGAGUGUUACUGUAGUUACUACAUAAGUCGGUAGGAAUUCAAAUUUUAGAUUCGUGUGCCUAGAA